CUUGAGUGGGCACCGGGAGCACAGUUCGGACAAAAGGACGUCGACGCGAGAGCGAGACCGACGACGACGACGACGACAAUCGAGGAGACGCCGCGGUGCUACGGCUCUCCGGAGGAAGGGGACUGGUUGUAACAGCAGCGCGAAAGAAACGAGAAUCAAGGUCACCUCUCUUCGCCUCCCUGCAGCGUCUUCCGUCGCCCCACUGGGAGUACUUAUAUAAAAAGCCGGACCUGUCCCAAGUACAGCCCAUGCUGUGCAGAAGGAGAGCCGUGCCCCGCGCGCUCGCACGACCGCGCAUCUGGAAUCGCCGAGCAGUAGGAACUGCAUCCCGCGUUCACACAAGACUACGGUCGUACAGGAUCUCAGUAUGAGUCGCCUUCCCACCGUCGCCACGGCCGCAAAUGCCCUCUUGUUUCUGCUGACCGCGGGACUGUGUGAAGUGGAUGCGGCAGCGUCCACGUCCGGGGUGACAACGCCGUCUACGACACCUGGGUCGAGCCCGAAACCCACGACUCGAAGUACGGAGUACAAGAACAUGGACAGCCACACACUGGAGCGGACGCUGUCCGAGCUUCGCUACGGCGUAGAGCUUCUGGUGAGCAAGGUUACCCUCCUGGAGCCUAGGUUAAGUCGCAUGGACACAGCCAUAGGACGCCUCGAGAGGGCAUUACUUCGAGAGAGCACUGCAUCCGAAAGCAACUCAGGGCAUCAGACGCGUUUCCCGCCAAGGCCAAUAGGAUACGCGUCCGGCAAGGGUUGCGGAUCUUCGUCGUCGUCGCUGUCCUCAAGCGGAGACAAGGCCGCCACCGUCGAGUUGGCCUCCAUAGGCGACCAGCUGAGAGACCUCAGGGACGAGCAACGCUUCUUCCGCCACAUGCUCGGAGACCUGCGCAACUAUACGACUCACAGCUCCGAUCGGAUCAUCGCCAAGUUGGAGCAACGAGGAUUCCUGCUUGCGAGGCCAGCGGUCAACAUCCAGACGAGUCGGCCAGUCAUCGUGGGCGGCAAGACGUCCGCCAACGGAGCGGCCCACUUACUGAGACCGCAACUGCUGCCCUGGGAAGCGCAGCCUUCUAUGUCCUCUGGCAGCAUGAGUUCCAGCGGAACGGGGAGUGCGAGGCCUCUGCAUAUGGUCGAGCUCAAGAACAACCACAGGUCACCCAGCGGAGCCACGCCUCCAUUCCGUAGUCAGGGGACGGCCACUGCGCACCGUCGCCAGGAUAAGGUGCGCGGCAUCUUCACAGAUUUGUUCGGCUCCACCCGCACCAACAUCGCCAAACACUUGCGCCAGGCAACGGAGAACGUGCGACGAGACACCGAAAUUCCGCUGUCACGCGUCGCCGACUUGGCCGACUCGCUGGACGCCCAGACGCGUAAGCUGCCGGACCUGAGAGCCGAGCUGGCCGAGUCCGCGGCCGCCGCCAGAGUCCUCGAGCUGCGCGUCUUCACCGAAGACGCGUACGAGCCACUGCGAGCCGCGGCCUCCCUGGCGUCGCGAGCAGCAGCCGACCUCGAGAAGCGAAUGCCGCCCAUGCUGCAGAAGGUGGCCGAGACGGCCACGGGACUGCGUGCAGCCAUUGGAGACCUACGGGGCGCCCUCGAGAACGCGACGGCGACUGUGGCGCCGAACGACUCCUACUACGUCGCCCUCAGCGAAGAAGACGACUUUUGGAAGCGCUAGUGUAGUGGAUACACCUGUAAUAUAAGGUAGUGCGCUCGCCCUGAGAAGUCGUA